AUGGAAAGAAAUGAACUCAACAUCAAGCUGAAGGAAGUACUUGAUAUGACCGUCUUCUCCCAGAUUUUGGAGAUGGAUGAAGAAGAAGCUCGGGAGAGUAGCUCGACAGCGCUCUAUGGUUUUCUUGAAAGAGGCAAGGAGAAGGUGGACUUUAUGGAGAUCGCCCUUUCGAAAAGAGACUUCGUUUCUUUGAUGUCCAAUAACGAUUCCCUGCAACAAUGUGCAGUGGCUUUGGGCUUCCGCAAGUUUUAUGAUAGUUGUGAAAACAUUCGAAGAACCAGUGCGAUAUUGAGUCUACAUGGCGAGUUUGCAGAAGCUAUUGAGAUAUUCCGUCUUACCCUCAUUAAGGAAGAAAUCAGCAAUCUGAAUGGUAGUUUUCUAGCUGCCCGCACAACAAUUGAUUUUUUCUAUAAGGAUAGAAGCUAA